AACGGACCGGGUCUGAUCUCAAGUCACUAGUCAGUAGUCACUGCCAUUUUAAAAACACAAGACAAGUAAAACGCAAUCAUUUAAAGGGCAAAACGCUCACUCCUAGUACUUCACUUCAUAAUGCUGUUCUCUACUUAUUCUUCACCGCCAAACUUUCAACUCCUUGUCGUACUCCUUCCGUUAUUAUUUUACACCUGUACUGCCGCUUCACAAUGCAAGAACUCUCCGGUUAUCUUCAACUUCGGCGACUCUAACUCCGACACCGGUGGGCUUGUUGCCGGACUCGGUUUCCCUGUUAAUUAUCCAAAUGGACGGCUCUUCUUUCGCCGAUCGACCGGUAGAUUGUCUGACGGUCGCCUUGUCAUUGACUUUCUCUGCCAGAGUUUGAAUGCAGGUUUGCUGACCCCAUACCUGGACUCAUUAGCAGGGUCUAAGUUCAGCAAUGGUGCAAAUUUUGCUAUUGUGGGUUCUUCUACUCUCCCGAAGUAUGUUCCUUUUGCAUUGAACAUUCAGAUUAUGCAAUUCCUUCAUUUCAAAACUCGUGCUCUUGAAGUUGCCAAUGCCGGUUCAGGAAAUUUGAUCAGUGAUGAAGGCUUCAAGAAUGCGGUUUACAUGAUUGACAUGGGGCAAAAUGACAUUUCUGAUUCAUUUGCUAUAAAUCUAUCUUAUGCGCAAGUGAUCAAGAGGAUUCCAUCUGUUGUUCAAGAAAUAGAAAAUGCCGUAAAAACUUUAUACGAUCAAGGAGGCAGGAAAUUCUGGAUACAUAACACCGGACCAUUAGGUUGUCUCCCUCAAAAACUUACAUUAGUUCAAAACAAGGAUUUGGAUUCACAUGGAUGCAUUUCGAGUUACAACAAUGCAGCAAGACUGUUCAAUGAAGAACUACGCCGUAGAUGCCAAAGAAUGAGGUCUCAACUGGCCAGCGCAACUAUAGUCUAUCAGGACAUUUAUUCUAUCAAAUAUGAUCUCAUUGCCAAUUCCACCAAAUAUGGUUUUUCAAAGCCGCUAAUGGCGUGUUGUGGCUCUGGAGGACCUCCAUACAAUUUUGAUAUCCGGGUUACAUGUGGGCAGCCAGGGCAUCAGGUUUGCGCUGAUGGAUCGUCGUAUUUAAGCUGGGACGGAAUUCAUUAUACGGAAGCAGCUAAUGCCAUUAUAGCCUCUAAAUUACUUUCAUCAGCUUACUCUUCACCUCAUACUACUUUGGAUUUCUUUUGCCACAAUUGAUUCUCAUUUGUCAUCUGUUGGAAUUUCUGUAUUGAGGAAGUCUAUUCAACUUUAAAGCUGUUUUUCCAAAAUGUAACCCAAAAUGCAAUAGUGGAUAUUAUAAAGUCAACAA